UUUAAUCGGUACCGGGGAUCGAACGAUUGCAUGCUUGCAAGGCAUGUGCUUAUGCCACUGAGCUAAAUCCCCAAUCCCCUUGUCCUUUUCCCUUUUUCUACUUUCUCAUCUCACUAUCCAUUUUUCCUGACAUUUUUUCUUUUUUUCUCCUUCCUUCCUUUCUUUCUUUCUGUACUGGCGAUUGAACCCAUGACCUUGUGUUUGCCAAGCAGGCAUUUACACCACUGAGCUAAACCCUCGGCCUGUUCUUAUAUCUUUUUUCUUAUAUCUCUUUUUCCCUUGGUAAUAGGGGUUGAACCCAUGGCCUUCACACUGAGCUACAUUCCCAGUUCUUUUAAAAAUUCUUAUUUUGUUAUCUUCCUUUUUUUUUUUUUUUUUUUAACUUGAAACAGGGUCUUGUUGCCAAAUUGCCCAGGCUGGGUUUGAACUCAUGGUCCUCUUGCCUCAGCCUCCCAGGGCACAUCUGAUAGCUUCUUCCUGUCUGUCUUCUCUUCUUGGCAAGCCUGUAGGAGACCCAUAGUAUCUAGCCAUUUCUUGUCUCCUUAUCAACUAUGAAUGUUUUGGAGAUUGCUGAAAUUUUUAACUGCUUUGGAAAUAUUUUUACAUUUUCAUAGUAUUUCUUUGAAACUGUGAGAACUUCCACAUGGCUCAAGUUAAAAUAUGGUAACACAGUCUCCCUGCUGAGCUGGGGCCUCUUGGUGACAGAGCAUACGUCCUUCCAAGCUGCAGAAGACAUAGGCUAAGCCCACAGACCAGAGUUCUCUCUACACUGUUCUUCACCCACCCAGCCAGAGCCAGAGCCAGAGCCGUCCGGGACCCACACCUCCCAAGGAAGAGGGUGCAUUGGUUGAGGAUGGGCAUGCUCUUUCUGAGAUCCUUCCCAUUCUCUAUUCUGUGCCACAUCCUCCAAGGUCCUGGUGCUCUGCUUUCAAAUUCAGGCUCCUCAGGGAGCCUGGUGGUUCUCUGCUUGGGGACCUGACUGGGGCUCUGCCUGUGCUUGAAAGACACAGAGGACCUCAACUUGGUAGUCGGUUGCAGCCCCAUCCCUAUCAGCGUGAGCCCUGUGAUGUCUGUCUUUGGCAUGCAUUGGUGGCGCAGGGUUGGCUAUUGUGGAUACUAAGCUGGUGCAGCCUGCAGAGCAGGUGCCCUCUUGCAUUUGGAAAGGUACAUUGUACUCUCAGUAUAGCUCAGCUGAAAACAGGGAAACAUGUUACAGCUGUGUGACCGAGAUAGCUUAAUGUUUAUAGUACCUCUCAUUCAGCAGUCAACAGAAGAGGUGGGUUUUUAAAAAUUUUUUUGGCAGUGCUGGGGAUCCAUCCCAGGGCUGCACGUGUGCUUGGCAAGUGCUCGCCCUUGAGCUGCACCCCAAGCCCUGGACAUCCUUUUAGCAAGAUACAGUUUGUCAUUUAUAAACCAUUUCAUGGCUGCAGUUCAGUGGUUUUUAAUAUAUUCAGUGUUGUGCAACCAUCACCACUACCUAAUUCCUAAACAUUUUCAUCAUCCCAGUAAGAAACCCUCUGCCAUUACACAGUCACUUCCUACCCCUUCCCCCGCUGCCCUAGCAUCGACUCUGCUUUUUAGCUUUAUGGAUUUGCCUGUUUGGGACAUUUCAUAUAAAUGGGGUAUGAGUGGUUGUGUCUGGCUUCCUUCCCUUAGCGUGAUUUUUUUCUUUGGGUACCGGGAGUCGAACACACAAUCUGAUGCUCACCAUUGAUUUUUUUCUUUUUGUUUUAGCUUGAUGUUUUGAGGUUCAUCCCUGUCACAGCCUAACAUGGUACACCUCGUGCAUUAUGGGCGAGUAACCCCCUUUGUGUGGAUAGAUCAAAUCUGUUUACCAUUCCUCAGUCUACAGACAUUCAGGUGGCCUGUGCUGUCAGAAUGGUGAAUGCCACUGUGGAUGCUACUGUGCAUACCCUUGUGAGCCCAUGCUUUCUGCUGGUUGGCGGGUGCUUAGGAGUGGGCUUGCCAAGGCACAUUGCCAUCUGGCUAACUUUCUGGGGAGCUGUUGGACUCUUUCAAGCAAUUGCACAAUUUAACGUCCCUACCAGCAGCGCCUGAGGGGGACUAGGACUUGACAUAUUUCCUUAAGAGUAUAUAGAGUAAGCCAGGCAUGGUGGCACAUGCUUGUAAUUGUGGCACCCAGGAGGCUGAGGCAGGAGGAGUGCCAUGAGUGAGGCCAGCCUGAUCUACAUUGAGAAACCAUGUCUCAGGCAACCCAAAGCAAACCAAACCAAAACAAGAAAUCACAGAGUAUAAUGGGAAAAACUCACCAAUUGGGAAAAGGGAGUGUAUGAGCUUAUGCACCAUCAGGUGAAGAUGGAUCUGAAGGAGGAAAGCAAAGUUUCACAGGCUAAACAAAAACGGAAGUAGGCCAGUUACACAGUUCUUCCUGUGGGUGUGUUCCUACAGGAUAAGCACACUUGCUGUGGGGGAAUCUGAGCUUUUUUUAAGGGUAAACUUAGGAGAAAAUGUUGGAGUAACAGUGGUCAAAGCCUGGUACCUUGUUACUAGCAAACGCUACUCCAUUCCUUGGAGGUCACUUUGUCCUAAAGAACAGAGGUUCUACUGACUUUCAGCUGUGGCUGCGCCAGAAUGAGUGUUGGGUAGAUUGGGGUGAGAUGUGAGAAAAUAGAGGAAGCUCAGGUGUGUGUAAAUUGUGUUUUGCAAGCUUAGGUUUUCAGCUGAUAUCUGUCAUCAGCUGCUAGAGGAGGGCUCGGUGCUUGACCUGUCUCACCACCUGGCUCUGGGGCUAGUUCUGCAGCCCUCCCCACAGUGUCGGGAUCUUCCCAAGGGGACUGUGGUUGGAGUCACAGAAUGCGAGGUUGGCUGUGGCUGACAUCUAGCGAAAGGGAGGCCUCCAGAGUAAAGGGUGAUUUUCCUGCUCCCUCCUGCCUUCCUCUUUUUCCGUGUUCUAAGAACUGACACGUCUCAGCUGGAUGGAAUUUAGCAUCAAAAAAGGUCCUCUUUCUGUGCAGAAAGUUGUAAAGUGCAUAAAGAUGAAGCAGGCACCAGAAAUCCUUGGCAGUACCAAUGGAAAGACUCAGAACUGUGAAGUGAAUCGUGACUGUUCUGUAUUCCUCAGCAAAGCUCAGCUUUCUAACAGCCUACAGGAGGGGGUCAUGCAGAAGUUUAAUGGCCAUGACGCGCUUCCCUUUAUUCCAGCCGAGAAGCUGAAAGAUCUUACUUCCUGUGUGUUUAAUGGCGAACCUGGUGCUCCUGAUGCCAAAUUGUGUUUUGAGUCCCAGGAAGCAAAAGGAAUUGGAACACCACCCAACACUACUCCUAUCAAAAAUGGCUCUCCAGAAAUCAAGCUAAAGAUCACCAAAACAUACAUGAAUGGGAAACCUCUUUUCGAAUCUUCUAUCUGUGGUGAUAGUACUGCUGAUGUGUCUCAGUCAGAAGAAGAUGGGCAGAAAUCAGAGAGCAAGGUGAGGAGGAGCAGAAAGAGAAGCAUAAAGUAUGACUCCUUACUGGAGCAAGGCCUCGUGGAAGCAGCUCUGGUGUCCAAGAUCUCGAGUCCUGCAGAUAAGAAGAUUCCAGUUAAGAAAGAGUCCUGUCCAAACACUGGCAGAGACAAAGAUCACCUGUUGAAAUACAAUGUGGGUGACUUGGUGUGGUCCAAAGUGUCGGGUUAUCCUUGGUGGCCUUGCAUGGUUUCUGUUGAUCCACUCCUCCACAGCUACACCAAACUUAAAGGUCAAAAGAAGAGCGCACGCCAGUAUCACGUACAGUUCUUUGGUGAUGCCCCAGAAAGAGCGUGGAUAUUUGAGAAGAGCCUUGUUGCUUUUGAAGGAGAAGGACAGUUUGAAAAGUUAUGCCAGGAAAGUGCCAGGCAGGCACCCACAAAAGCCGAGAAAAUCAAGCUGCUGAAACCUAUUUCCGGGAAGCUGAGGGCUCAGUGGGACAUGGGCAUCAUUCAGGCAGAGGAGGCUGCUGGCAUGUCGGUGGAGGAGCGCAAGGCCAAAUUCACUUUCCUCUAUGUGGGGGACCAGCUGCACCUCAACCCCCAGGUAGCCAGGGAGGCUGGCAUUGCCACCGAGGGCUCUGGAGAAGCGGCAGAGCCCACUGGGGUCAGGGACGUGGCUGCCACAGACCCCUGGGCUGCGCGAGAGGAGGGCGUGCCCGUGAAAAGGAGGCGCAGAGCCAAGCAGGCGAGCUGUGCUGAGAGCCAGGAGAGCGAUGCCGGCCCGGAGACUAGCACUCCACAGAAGUCUACAGAGGUUGAGUCCAAAAGAGGAGUUGGGUCUCCCCCUGGAAGGAAGAAGGUCUCGGCCUCUACUCCACGCAGCAGGAAGGGAGAUGCAGCAUCUCAGUUUUUAGUUUUCUGUCAGAAGCAUCGGGAUGAGGUCAUUGCUGAGCACCCAGAUGCAUCAGGCGAGGAGAUUGAAGAAUUGCUGGGGUCCCAGUGGAACAUGCUCAAUGAGAAACAGAAAGCUCGCUAUAACACCAAAUUUGCCCUUGUGACCUCAGCCCCUUCUGAAGAAGAUCCUGGUAAUGUAAAUGGGAAAAAAAGAAAUCACGCAAAGAGGACAGAGAACCCUCCAGAAGAUGUUGCUGUUGAGGAUGCACCCAGAAAGAGACUCAGGACUGACAAGCACAGUCUUCGGAAGAGAGAGAUGAGCACUGACAAGAUGGCCAGGACAAGCGCUUACAAGGCUAUGGAGGCAGCCUCCUCACUCAAGAGCCAGGCAGUGACGAAAAAUCUAUCUGAUGCGUGCAAACCACUGAAGAAGCGAAAUCGGGCUUCUGCAGCAGCGUCUUCUACUCUUGGGUUUAGCAAAAGUUCAUCUCCUUCUGCAUCCUUAACUGAGAAUGAGGUCUCAGACAGCCCGGGAGAUGAGCCCUCAGAGUCCCCCUAUGAAAGUGCUGAUGAAACGCAGACCGAAGUGUCCAUCUCAUCUAAAAAAUCUGAACGAGGAGUGGCAGCCAAGAAGGAGUAUGUGUGUCAGCUGUGCGAGAAGACAGGGAGCCUCCUGCUGUGCGAAGGCCCCUGCUGCGGUGCCUUCCACCUCGCGUGCCUCGGGCUGCCCAGGAGACCAGAGGGAAAGUUCACCUGCAUGGAGUGCACCUCAGGGAUCCACUCGUGCUUUGUGUGCAAGGAGAGCAAGGCGGAGGUGAAGCGCUGUGUCGUGACCCAGUGUGGGAAGUUCUACCAUGAGGCCUGUGUGAGAAAGUUCCCCCUUACUGUGUUCGAGAGCAGGGGCUUCCGCUGCCCGCUGCACAGCUGUGUCAGCUGCCACGCUUCAAACCCUUCCAACCCGCGGCCCUCAAAAGGUAAAAUGAUGCGCUGCGUACGUUGUCCGGUGGCCUAUCACGGAGGGGAUGCAUGCCUGGCGGCUGGGUGUGCGGUGAUUGCAUCCCACAGCAUCAUCUGCACGGCCCACUUCACCGCUCGGAAGGGGAAGCGGCACCAUAGCCAUGUCAACGUGAGCUGGUGCUUCGUAUGCUCCAAAGGCGGAAGCCUCCUGUGCUGUGAAGCCUGCCCAGCUGCCUUCCACCCGGACUGCCUGAAUAUCGACAUGCCCGAUGGCAGCUGGUUCUGCAAUGACUGCAGGGCUGGGAAGAAGCUGCACUUCCAAGACAUCAUCUGGGUCAAACUUGGCAACUACAGAUGGUGGCCGGCAGAAGUUUGCCAUCCCAAAAAUGUUCCCCCAAAUAUUCAGAAAAUGAAGCACGAGAUUGGAGAAUUCCCUGUGUUUUUCUUUGGGUCUAAAGAUUAUUACUGGACGCAUCAGGCGCGAGUAUUCCCGUACAUGGAGGGGGACCGGGGCAGCCGCUACCAUGGGGUCCGAGGGAUCGGAAGAGUCUUCAAAAACGCACUGCAAGAAGCUGAAGCUCGUUUUCGUGAAGUCAAACUUCAAAGGGAAGCACGGGAAACACAGGAGAGCGAGCGCAAACCCCCGCCCUACAAGCACAUCAAGGUGAAUAAGCCUUAUGGGAAGGUCCAGAUCUACACAGCUGAUAUCUCGGAAAUCCCAAAGUGUAACUGUAAGCCCACAGACGAGAAUCCCUGUGGCUUUGACUCAGAGUGCUUGAACAGGAUGCUGAUGUUCGAGUGCCACCCGCAGGUGUGUCCCGCGGGCGAGUACUGCCAGAACCAGUGCUUCACCAAGCGCCAGUACCCAGAGACCAAGAUCAUCAAGACAGAUGGCAAAGGGUGGGGCCUGGUGGCCAAGCGGGACAUCAGAAAGGGAGAGUUUGUGAAUGAGUAUGUCGGUGAGCUGAUCGACGAGGAGGAGUGUAUGGCAAGGAUCAAGUACGCACAUGAGAACGACAUCACGCACUUUUACAUGCUCACCAUAGACAAGGACCGGAUAAUCGAUGCUGGGCCCAAAGGAAACUACUCCCGGUUUAUGAACCACAGCUGCCAACCCAACUGUGAGACACUCAAGUGGACAGUGAAUGGGGACACCCGCGUAGGCCUGUUCGCUGUGUGUGACAUUCCUGCAGGGACAGAGCUGACUUUUAAUUACAACCUUGAUUGUUUGGGCAAUGAGAAAACGGUCUGUCGGUGCGGAGCCUCCAACUGCAGUGGAUUCCUUGGGGACAGGCCAAAGACCUCAGCAUCCCUUUCUUCAGAGGAAAAGGGUAAAAAGACCAAGAAGAAAACCAGAAGGCGCAGAGCCAGGGGGGAGUGGAAGAGGCAAUCAGAGGACGAGUGUUUCCGCUGUGGCGACGGCGGGCAGCUGGUGCUGUGUGACCGCAAGCUCUGCACCAAGGCCUACCACCUGUCCUGCCUGGGCCUACGCAAGCGGCCCUUUGGGAAGUGGGAGUGCCCGUGGCAUCACUGCGAUGUGUGUGGCAAACCGUCUGCGGCGUUUUGCCACCUCUGCCCGAAUUCACUGUGUAAGGAGCACCAGGACGGGGCGGUGCUGCGUACCACGCAGGACGGGAGGUCUUACUGCUGCGAGCAUGACUCGGGGGCACAGGCCAGCCUGCGCAAAGCCAAGGCUGAGAAGCCUCUUCCGGAGCUGGCCAAGUCCAAGGGGAAGAGGAGGAAAAGGCGGUGCUGGCGGCGGGUGACGGAGGGCAAAUAGUGCCAGGAGCCACUUGGUCUGGUCCAGGGGUGCAGGCCCCGCCCAGGCCCACGUGACAGAUGUAUGGGCAUCCAGGAUGGGGUGCCCCCACUGAGCCAUCACAGAGCUGGCUGCGCCUGCACUGAUGCUGCCACUGAUGCCACCGCUGGGCUUCUGCCGGGGACUAGGGCAGAGCAGCUGGGCAGCCGCUGUUGCUGUCCUCCAGAGACUGGGCCUGAAUGUGUAGAGUAGUUUCCAAGGCUGGGCGUAGCCUCCCCGGAGUCCCACAGUCCUGGACUUUGACCUUCUUUCCCUUUUCUUGAAACAGUUGUACGUUUUCUGUACUAAUGUGAAUUUUUCUCCAAACGCUUGGCUUCCCCCCGAGGCUGAGCUAGUGGCUCCUGCCACCUUCUCCCUCUGGAUUUGGCCCCACCUGCCUCAGCAGCAUUGCUGCUCCCCGGUUUAAGAACACACAUUCAGGGGAAGCUUUGUAUAUUUUUUAAAUUUGGCUUUUCUUUACCAGUUUCUGGCUUUUAUUUUAAAUAUAUUUUUGCUAAAUCUGUCUCACAAAUUACCACUGACAAAACAUGUCAUUCCCUGAUGUGUCCUGAGUGCUCCUGCAACAGCAGCAGCAAACUGGGACCUGCCUGUCUACACCAGUGAGUCCCAGUGCCCCUGGGGAUGUCUGCAGGCAGCCCUAGGCUGGUCUAUCCCAGGCUCCACCCACCCAUCUCCAAGAUUUCCGCCCCUUGGGCAGUGAAAGGCCUGGCUCAAUAGCCAGCGAGGAGCCCCUCAAAGAUCUGAUCAUCCAAUUCCAAGAAAAGGGGCACACACACCUUGGGUGCUGCUCAGCACAGCCACUGCAGAGCCACCACUGUCCUCAGGAAGCCAUGGGGUCACCCAAACUGUUCUACUGCCCCUCAUCUGGCAGACCCACGCCUCUGCCUGCAGGGUGCUCAUGUUUUGGCUCAGGGGAAGGACCUGCUAAGCACCGGGGAACCAGCACCCGACUCGGUCGUGGUCCAUGAAGGGACCCAAAGGAACCAGCAGCACCCCAACUGGCUGGCUGCCCAGUCUCAGUCACCUCUGGAAACGACUGACCUGCCACAAGGCAGCUGGGCCUGCCCAGCCCCGCUCCGUCCAUGCUUGGAAAGUCCUGGACUGUGUCACAGGGGUUUGCUGCUUCUGCCUCAGUGACAGGCUGGGCAGGGCCCCUGGCUGGUAGAGCCCAUGGCCCAGCUCUUCACGGAUGUGGCAGCACAUCCCUCAUCCUGCAGAUCCCUUCCCAGCAGCUGAACGACUUCUGCAAAAGUCAGUGUCAGAUCAGUUUUGCAGUGCACUUUGGGGCGCAGAUUAACUUAUUUUUGUAUUUGACAGUAGUAAGAUCUUAUGAGUUUUGAGUCACUUUGAUAUUAUUUCCAAAUUAUUUUAUCUUUCUGAAGGAAAUAUUGCAAAAAAUUUAAGUGAAAUCCCUUUCCAAAGGCUAUUAAUGAGCAAAUAACACUAACUUUGAAAAUCUUUAUUAGACCAGUUUGGAAAUCUUGAGUCCAAGGCCUUGGGUGUCCAAGGUACAAGGGCCUUUCCCGCUGGGGGUGGGGGCACCAGCUUGGGGUGGUGGCCGGGCCAGGGCUCUGAGUGCCUGGGAGGCUGCGCGGGGUGGGGGGGUGUGUCUGGUGACUGGAUACCAGCUUUGGUCCUUGUCAUUACUGUGAAGCAAAGCCAUGCCAGCUGCCCAGCACCCCAGGACUCUGCAUCAGGGCUGAAGGGCUGAGUCACUGACCAUGCCACAGUGGCUGGCACAUGGUCUCCGUGGAGGGCCUCUGGUGGGAGCAGGGGAUAGGGCCCAGCCCUCCUGCUCUGCCUGGGCUGCUGCCCAGCACCUCCACAUCCCAGGCACACUCAGGCUGGCAUUUCCAGUGAACCAUGCCUAAGUGCACAGUGCCUGCCUGCAGAACUACCUGAUUUUUAGGAAUUAUAGAUACCACGAGCCACCGCCAGCUGCAUUCUGAGCAGUGUCCUGGUGACUGUCAGGAGUGGUGCUGCAUGUGCUGUGUCACCACACCCUCAGAAACCCAACAUGUUCAGUGUGCUUGCUGUGUCCCAGUCCCACAGGACAGAAGGUCAGGUUCCUUCCGGAACACUGGGUGCUAUCACCAGGUCUCAUAGUUAGAUUUUAAAACUUGAAAUUCACCUUUUUGGGGGAGGGGGGAUAUACUGAAAUAGAUUCGAGAAUUGCCAGUUGAGGGGAAAUAGCAUUUAAAGUGGAAAUUUGUGUUUGGAAGAUUGUGUAUGAGUAUUUUUGUAUUAAAAGCAUUUUAAAGGCC